AAGUGGUGUGAGGUUCCACCAAGCCCCGACGCUGCAUCUACGUCAUGUCUAAAGAGAGGGGGACACAUGAGCUGCACUGCCACCUGUAUGACGGGCUUCCGUUUUCCCGACGGCCGUCACGAGAUGACGCUUCAGUGCGAUCGAGAGACUGGCCUGUGGCAACCGCUCCAGCAGUUCCCUAACUGCGAAGGUCUGUGUUUUCCGCCCUGUCUCAAUGGAGGUCGCUGUUAUGGCAACAACCAUUGUGUUUGCUCCAAGCGGUUUCGAGGAGACCAUUGCCAGUACCCGAUUGACCUGUGCGACGGGCACAUACUGAACUACGGCGGCUCCUGGCACUGCAACCACACGCAACAGGAGACGCUGUGCGAAGUCACCUGCCCGCCAGGAUUCGUGUAUCCGCACCCGAACCCCAUGAGGUACCGCUGCAGCAUCGAGGGAAUCUGGAAUCCUCCCGUUGUGGCCGGAUGCAUCCCCAGUGGUGGGUCAUUUCUGCCAGGAAACGAGUUGCCUCCGAGCGGUCACUUCGAGCAGACACAUAUCGACGUGGAAGGGGAGACAACCGGACCUAGGCCUAGACCGCCGUCCGACAACCAGAUUGAACAGGAGGUCAUCGAACCCCACAAGGAAACAGAUGAGACCAAAGGAGGACCGGACGUUCCUGCCGAAGGGAUUCCGCCAGUGAAAGAACCAGCCGUGAAAUCGAGCGGCGUUUGCACCACCUGGGGCCAGUUCCAGUUCAAGAGCUUCGAUGGCACCCUGUACCGCUUCGCCGGUGCCUGCAGUUACGUGUUGCUCAAGGACUGCCAGCACGACGAGGCCUUCUCGAUCAACCUGGAGCACUCCCAGGGCUGCCCAGAGUCGCCCGAUUGCACCAGGACCCUGCACAUUGUCUCUGGAAUAGAGCGAGUCUCGAUACCGUUGACCAAGGGGGCUGUUCGCGACCUGUCCACUCUGGUCAGCCACAUGCCAUCUCUGAUCGCUCAGGAGGCCGGAACUUACCUCGUGCUGCAAAGCCCGCAUGGAUUCACCCUGUGGUUGGACGAGGAAUCUGUGCAGCUGCGAGUAACACCAGCGCUGCGGGCCUCUGCAUGCGGUCUGUGCGGCCACUACGACGGAGAACCUUCCAAUGACUUGGUUCCCAUGGACGGCAGCGGGGCUCUCAGUGCCAGAGAUUUCGCGAUCUCCUGGUCGCUCGAAAGAGACUGCUUCCACGGCGGACACGAACGAGAUGCGUGCGCCAUUCAGUCGAGCGAAGACAGAGAUGUGUUCCAAAAGGCGUUCGACAGCUGUUCGAUGGUCUUCAACGACAUCUACAAGGACUGCCACCAGGUCCUGAAGCCCCAUCCUUUCUUCGAGGCUUGCAAGCAGGACUGCUGCGACAAGAAAUCUCCUUCCGGCUGCGAGUGUGCCACGCUCGAGGAAUACUUCCGGGAAUGCCAGAGACUCGGUGUCCACGUAAAGUCUUCCUGGAGAGAAAACACCGUCUGCCAGGCGACCUGCACGAACGGCACAGAGUGGCGGGAGUGCGGCCCAGCGUGUCGGGCCACGUGUUCGGACCCCGAGCCGGCCUGCUCGGUGAACCAGUGCGUGUGCGGCUGUCACUGUCCCGAGGGAACGCUGUGGCAGGGCGACCGCUGCGUAGUCCCGAGCGAGUGUGGCUGCUCGUACCGCGGACGGGACUACAAAUCAGGCGACAGGGUGGACGAGGACUGCAACACUUGGAGAAAGGAUUGCCAGCUUUCGGGAGAACAAAAAGAAAGUCAAGAGGUAUCGCUGUUGGAACUCUACAUGGAGAUAAUCGUUUUACUGGUCACUGGAUUGAGUGGCGUUUAUAAAUAA